AUGGUAAGUUAUAAGCUCAUCGCGGAAUUGGAAGUAGCAGCUUCGGCUGACGACGUAUGGGGAGUAAUUGGCGCCAAAGAUGCUCCUCAAUUCUUUAUGAAUGCACUUCCAGGCAUGUUCGAAAAGAUAGAGAUUCUUGAAGGUGAUGGUGGUGUUGGUACCGUUCUUCUUAUCGUCUAUCCUGAAGGAUCGGUGCCGCUAACAAACGAGGAAAAGUUUGUGACAAUGGAUGACUGCGAGCGUCUCAAGGAGAUACUACAGACCAAAGGAGGAUAUCUAGACAUGGGUGUUACAUUUUACAUGGAGACUUUCAAAAUCCUAGAAUGUGGGAAUUCAUGUAUCAUACGGUCCAUUGUCGAGUAUAAAGCCCCUGAAGAAGUUGCCGCUAAAGUUUCCAGUCUCAUUAGUGUUGAAGGUCUACUUCUCAUGGCCAAAAUUGUGGCGAAACAUGUUGUUAAGCCUGAAGCUUCUUCUAUUGCUGCCUAAUAUAUAUAACGUUGGCGGUCUAUUGGGGGUGCAUGUACGCAUUUUGUUUCAAGUAUGGUGGAAAUAUAUCCGCAUAUUAU